GUAUACGAGGCCGCCGAAUUAAUGGCAGGUCGAUUACACCUGGUCCUGGCCCCAGAUUCCCGAAGUAAUUCACGGACAGCAACCGAACAACCUGUCGAGACACCCAUAGACACCACACACACACAAGCACGUCCGCACGAGCACAAACAUAGACUGAGUACAUUCCGAAUGUCAAGUAUAGACGAAGAUACAAACAACAGCGGGAAAGCUGAGGCUGUGCACGUGGAUGCUAGUGCGAGGCAGUCCGUGUCCAGUACCGACACUCGUGGUGAUGUGUCCACUGUAGUCGACAGUUGUGUGGUCAAGUGCAGUGAUACAGAUAGUGGGUACGCUCAACUUGCUUCGAAACCCCAGGAAGAGGCACAGGUCCAAUCCGAACCCAGCGAUGAUUCUAUACAGACCAGGCAGGGGCAGAGUAGUGGCCAAUCAGAUCACGCAAUAACUUUUCACGACUCCGUGGCAGAGGUUGAGAGUGUGACGUUUGCAGAUACAAUUGCUUCAGAAGCUGGUGUGGAGACGAUACUAGAGGGUCAAGAACAAGGCCAAACACUGGAUGUAACCAACCGACGGGUGCCAGAGGAGCUCUACCUGGGCAGGAAACAUUCCGAGGCCAGCUCAAAAAGUUUAUUGGCAGAGCGGCAGAGGACUAUACUGGCCCAAUCAGAUUCGACCAAUUCUGUGUAUAGACGGUAUAGCGAGGGGUUGCAUCAGAACAAGAAUAGAGUGGAGUUCGAUUUGCCCAGUGUCAGUGCGAGUGAAGUGGAGGAUAACGGAAUCGCUAAGACUGAGGGAGACGCCAGCAACAACGAGGCUGUGCGACAGACACUGCUGGCAGGUGUGAAGAUAAGAGCUCACGGAGGAAACACUUUGAAGCGCACAAUGACCUCUAAGGAGAAACGCCAAAGCCAGGCCAUGUAUAGUCAGAACAGUAUAGAAUCGAUUGGAUUGGAUGUACUACGGAGUCCCAUUGACGAGACCGACUUCUUCAAUCCGUGGAGAGUCGUGGAAGCCUUCAAAGAUUUUGAGGCCAUCACUCAGCCACUGAUCCCCUACUGCAUAAACCACGUCGACUCGGUCAAAUUUGUCAAAACAAAUCUCAACCAGAAUGCGGCCAGUGACUUCUGCAAGAUCAUCCGAUGGAAUGAGAAAAAACCUCAAUGCGACCGGCUGUCGCUGGCAGACCUGCUGGUCAAACCAAUGCAACGCCUCACCAAGUACCCCUUGUUAUUAUCUACUUUACGAAAGCGGUGCAAAGAGGACCCCGCCUUGUGCACAGAGCUGGACAAAUGCAUCGCCGUCUGCGAGCGCGUACUUCAUAAAGUCAACGAACGUGUGAGAGACACAGACAAUCUCGCAACCAUCACAGCGCUGAAGGCGCAAUUGGUACUCACCGACAAUGCGAAGCUGCUUGACCUCACACUACAAAGACUGUGGUAUAACGGCGCAUUGGUGCACCAAACGACAACUCGGACGCUAGAACUGGACGUGUAUCUAUUUGAGAAUAUAAUACUAUUGACUAGACCUUCCAAGCUCAGCAGUACAGGCAAGGACAAGAACUUCGUAUUCAAACAGCCGAUAAUCCUGUCCAGAUGUGAUGUGUCCAAAGGAUCGAGUGAGGACAUUAUUCAGUUAACAUACGCUUCCACCUCUGGGCAGAGCACGCUCAACUUCACAGCCCCUGGAGUGUACGAAGCACGCCAAUGGAUCGAGGAGAUCCAUACGGCCAAGGGUAAGGGGAUGAAAGAAUAUCUGCUGUGA